UAACUUCUACUGUAAAGGCAGGAAAUGACAGCCAGAAUCGAGAAGCAAGUUACUAUCUCAGCCACUCCACCCCUUCAUAUGCACUUCCUCUUAUUUCACAGCAGCCAGGCUCCCAUUCUCCUGCAGAGCAGACAGGCUGAGUUCCUCCAGCACAUACAUUGACACAGAAGGUUCCUCAGACUUCUAGGAUGUCUGCCCCUACCUUCUGGACCCAAGAGCUUCCUUGCCUGCUACUGACUCUACUGCUAAUAGCCACAGGAGUGCUGGGUGAGGAGCUGCACGUGAUCCAGUCUGAGACAUUAGUGUCAGUCUCAGCUGGAAUGACAGCCACUCUGCCCUGCACUGUGACCUCCCUGCUCCCUGUAGGGCCUGUCAAGUGGUUCAGGGGCAAAGGGCCAGGCAGGAAGGAAAUCUACAUUUUCAAAGAGGGCCAUUCCUCCCGAGUAACAUCUGUUAUACACAACACAAAGAGAGAAAACAUGGACUUUUCCAUUCGCAUCAGUAACAUCACCCCAGCAGAUGCCGGCGUCUACUACUGUGUGAAGUUCCAGAAAGGGAGCCCUGAUGAUGUGGAGAUUAAGUCUGGACUAGGCACCCAUCUCAUUGUGCGUGAACUAGAGAUGUCUAUUCCAUUCUUCAUUGCUGCCCUCCUAGGCCUCCUCCUUGGUCCAAAGGUGCUGUUAGUGGUUGGUGUCUCUAUCAUCUACAACUACAGGAAGGAUGGGCCCUGGCUGUAAGUGUGGGGGAGAGAGGGAGUCAAAGAUCUGUGUCAGAAGGGCAAGAUUGUGACCUCAACAGGAAUUUGGAACUAUUAGCAUACGAAUGACAGCAGCCUGAGGCAGGACACAAGGGAAUGUAUAAAAAGCAUGGACUUGGAGCAGGUUGCUCUCUUUGGCUGUUGCUUCUUCUCCUGGUCAGAAGCAUCUUGGCAGAGGCGCUCCAGGUAUCCACCAUGGCUAGUUCUCCUGGGAACUAAACACCUGUGACUGCUAGCUGGUAAACUUUUAGACCCCUCUACAGCCGUGAGCCACCACUACCUCAGCGGAUAAUUGUUUAUCUUAUGGGACUAAACUUUUGAUAACUAUUCUCAGACUUUAUGGACCUAGCAUACUCUUAACCCUUGAUGAUAACUGCUUAUUUUGUCUUUUACCUGUUUCACCCUAAUAAACCUUGUAUUA